AUGCGGGAGCACCGCUGGGCGAAAGCAAGUGAGUUCCAGUCCACUGAGGAUAGCCCAGGUCUUCGCAUGGGCGUACUCGGAUACGGGGCCAUCGGGCGUCAGUGCGCCCGAGUGGCCAGCGCCAUGGGAAUGGAGAUUUAUGCAUACACCCGAACUGAGCGCCGAACACCCGAGCAGCGACGUGACGAUUCCUACUGUAUCCCCGGAACAGGGGAUCCUGACGGUAUCCUCCCAGCAAGGUGGUUCCAUGGCAAGAGCACCGAUGACCUUAACAACUUCUUGGCCUCGGACCUCGACAUCCUGGUUGUUUGCACCCCCUUGACCGACGCCACACGGCAGCUGCUUAGUUACGAGCAGUUCAAUGUACUGGCCGAGAGCAGGGACUCGGACUACUUUUACAGAGUCAACAAGAAGAGCCACACACUUGCCAGUGGAAGUGGCGUAGGGUGUGCAAACGGGUGCAUCAAUGGCAACCCGAACGGCUAUCUGGGGGGCGCCCUGGACGAAACGAUGGGUGACGAUAUGUAUGACAGUUCCAAUGCCGUGACCAACGGUUUUGAACAGUCGCACCAUGUCAAGCGACCUUCAGUGGGACACAUGCCCAGUCCGCCAUAUGAUUCAGACGACGGCAUGCAGACUCCCGACAGUACCAUGUCCGACGGCCGCUACACCGACGACCAAGGCAACGACUACCUGAACCCCGGAGGUGUGCACUCACACUUCCCGACCAGCGGCCAGCUAGACUCAAAGUCGUGCGUCAAGGGCGCCAAGCGCGGGACGUUUGUGUGCAACAUCUCCCGCGGCCCCGUCAUCGACACCGCCGCCCUCGUCGACGCCCUCGAGACGGGCAAGAUCCGCGGCGCGGCCCUCGACGUGACGGACCCGGAGCCGCUGCCGGCGGACCACCCGCUCUGGGACCAUCCGGACGUCUUCAUCACGCCGCACAUUAGUUGGAUCACCCCUUGCUACUGGGACCGGCUGCUGAGGAUCAUGGAGGAGAAUUUGAGCCGCAUGUGCCAGGAGAAGCCGUUGCUCAACUUGAUGAAUCGGAAGGAGCAAUAUUGA